AUGCGAUCUCUCUUACUACCGCGGCUGCUGCCUGUUAUCUCCUCCUCACAUCUCUGCCAAUCUCCCUCUACACUAUUCCUGCAGUCGAGGGAAUUUACUUCACUGGUGGAUCGUCUCUCCACGGCCGUUACUCGGCGGUUAACAUCUUUAACAGAAACUCACAUGAUGCCGCUGGGGGAAGAGCGGAUUACGGAGUUAAGAAGACCAUACCCGCGGCGAAGGCCAAUGCAGCAGAAUCUCGCAGAGCGGUUGAAGUUGCAACGACAACAACGGGCACUCCUUGUACCUUCGCAGGUGAUUAUCUCAAAAGAUAAAAUGUACAUGGAACUUGUUUGGCCUGCUACCGCUCUUGCUGCUGUAGAGAAACAACAAGAACAAGAACAAGAAGAAGAGGAAAAAGAGGAAAAGGAAAAAACAAUAUCAACAUCAUCAGGAUAUAAUCAAGUAUCAAGUGAAAUGACCUCAAGUGGUAUUAAUCAAAAGAAAAUACGUUUAGGGGAUCAUCGAACACGUCUACUUGCAGAGUUACUUCGAGUCUAUUCACCAAGUACUGAUGUUAUUGGGUCUGAUGCUCUUAUUUAUGGACGUCGUGGUAUUACUAUAGAAGAUGUUAUUCCUGUAGGUAAUUAUGCCCUUCGCAUUGUCUUUUCAGAUGGACAUACAGGUGGUAUUUACCCUUAUGAAUAUCUCUUCGAUCUUGGACGUCAUAAGUAUACACGAAUGCGAGAGUAUAUUCGUCAACUAAAGGCAAAACGUAAAUCACGAAAUCCACCAAAACGUGCACCAUCGCAGCGGUUAACAAGACGUGUACAGAAUAAUACAAUAGAUGGAAUUUCACAGAAUUCCCAAUGUGGUAAGAAGAAGAAUGAUAAUAAUAAUAAUAGUGCUUCUGGCAAUCAACAUCAUCAUUCGUCCAAUGGUGUGUCUAACUAA